UGAAUCCUAUUAUAUUACAUUUAUAUUACUCCCUCUGUCCACCAUAGAUCUUCCCAGUCACUAUUCACAAGAUCAAACUUUACUCACUUUGUUUACUCAAUUUUACUAGUCAUUUCAUAAAAUAAUAUAUUCUUGUCACCUCUAGUUUUGUAAAACUUUUCAUGUAGUGUGUGCCCAAUCAUAUGUAAGAAAAGUUUGUAUCAUACCUAAAAUUUUAUCAGGUUUUCUCUCUCUAGCCAUGGCGAAGAGAGGAAGACCGAAGAAUAACCCUAGAAUUACACAGGAAAAACUGAAUCCAAUGCCCGAAAAGGCAAAUGAAGCUUGCUCAUCUCAUGAUCCUGAAAGGAAAUCAGAGGAACAGAUCAAUGAAGUGAAGGAGGAUGACCCACAAAGCAACCUGGAAAUGGAGGAAGGUAAACCUAAAUCCUACGCUGAAGUAGUUGGAGAUAAGGAUGAAAUGGAAUGCGCUUUGAAGUAUGUAGAACCAGAGGAAAAGGAUGGAAUCAGAUAUGCAAAGCUUUUGGAUGAAGAUAUUGGUGAAAACGCUGCAUACUGGGAAGCUGCUGCUGUGGUAUGUACUCUGGGAUCUAAUCCUCCCCUAGCUGUUAUGGAAGGAUUUAUUAACAGAUUAUGGAAACGAUUUGAUGUUCUGGAUGUUACCUUCCUCAAAUAUGGGCAGUUUGUAGUCAGAUUCAAUACAAUAGUAGAAAGGGAUGAAGCAAUAGAAAAGACCUACUAUGUGUUUGAUAAUAAACCUCUCUACGUGAGGAAAUGGAUACCUGGUUCUGAAGUGAAUUUGGCUGAACUUCUGGACAUUCCUAUUUGGAUUCAGUUGCCAGAUCUGGAAUUGAGAUUUUGGAGCCUAAAUGCUCUAAGCAAAAUUGGUAGCCUCAUUGGGAAACCACUAAGGGUAGACAAAUCUACUGUACAAAAGAGCAAAAUGAGCUAUGCCAGGCUUCAAGUGGAGGUCAGGAUGAAACAAGAGUUCCUAGAGGUCAUCUACUUUGCUGAUGGAAAAGACAGAAUUAUAUCACAAAGGGUGAAGUAUGAGUGGUGCCCUAUUGUAUGCUCUCACUGUGAAGGUUUAGGCCAUAAUGAAGAAAAGUGCAGGAAGAAGAUAGCUCCUAGACAGCAAAAGGUAUGGAGGAAAAAACAAACUCAUACUGAAAAACAGAAAGAAGAAACACCUCAGGAGAAGGAAAUAGAGAAUGACAACAAGGAGGAAAUGGUCACCCCAGAAGGCAAUAUUAUCACUCAGGUGAAUGAAGGAGAGCAAAAUGAAGGCUUCACUCAAGUGGGUAGGAAGAACUCAAUAAAGAAGAGAUGCCUAGGAGAAAGUUUUACAAUGAUAGCUCAGGGGAUUGAGGUGCCCACAGUACUGGCAGAGGCUCAGUAUAGUGGGCAUAGGAGAAGACUGUGGGAGAUGCUAAAAAACAUAGCUGAUAAUAUGCAAAAGGCCUGGUGUGUUCUUGGGGACUUCAACGCCAUAAUGGGAACUGAAGAUAAAAUUGGAGGACUGCCAGUUAAAGGGGAAGAAACUAAGGAGUUCUGUGACUGCAUUAGAUAUUGUGACCUGGAGGAGAUAACAUAUACUGGUGCUAGAUAUACUUGGUCAAAUAAACAAAGUCAUGAAAAAAGAAUAUACUCCAAACUCGAUUGGGCCUUUUCAAAUAUGGAAUGGAUGCUUAGACAUGGAACAAAAACUCUAGUGGGUGAAGAAGGCAUAUCUGACCACUCCCCUCUCAUACUCACAACCAUUGAUAAUAAGCACAGAAGCACCUUCAAAUUUUGUGAGAUGUGGAGUUUGGAUCCUGCUUUUAAUGACAUAGUGAGAUCCCACUGGCAGGUUAAUCAUUUGGAUGGGAAAAUGUACCAACUAAUACAGAACCUGAAGAGCCUGAGGAAGCCUUUGUUUAAACUACAUAGAAAUGGGUUCCAAAGGAUUUAUACCCAAUGUGAGGAAAAUAGAGAAGAGUUGCUGAAUAUUCAGAGGAAAAUGAAGGAGGAUCCCCAAAAUGAACAGCUGAUAGUGAAGGAAAAUCAAGUAAGAAAGGAGUUUAUGAUGAAACUUAAAGCUUCUUACCUUCUUAAAUGCCAACACAUGAAACAGAAGUGGAUUACUGAAAGUGACAGGGACACGGCAUACUUCCAUGCUUGGGUGAGGAAAAGGAAAAUACACAACCAUAUUUCUACCAUACAUGACAGCAAGGGCAAAAGAGUUGAAGGUACAGAUGAUAUAGCUGGGGUUCUACUAGACUAUUUUAAAGAUCUGCUAGGAUUUCAUAGAAGUGUCGAAGUGAUUGAGCCUAAGGUUAUUGAGGAAGGGAAGACACUGAAUAUACAGCAGCAGCUGAUGCUGAUUAAACCUAUAAGCCCUCAACAGAUCAAGGAAAUCAUAUUUGGGAUACCUAGCACAAAGAGUCCAGGUCCAGAUGGAUUUGGAAGUGGUUUCUUCAAAAAGCAAUGGCAUGUGGUGGGAACUUUGGUGACAGAAGCAGUGAUGGAAUUUUUCCAGAAGGACAAAACACUGAAUCAGGUGGUAAACCUAAUUUUUGCUGAUGACUUAAUAGUGGGUUGCAAAGCUGAUGUUAAAUCUGUUAAAGUUAUCAUGGAGGUGCUGGAAAGAUUCAACAAGUGUACAGGGCUUCAAAUUAACAAGGAGAAAUCUUCUAUUGUGUUUGGAGGCUGCAAGGAGGAUCUGGAAAAGGAGAUUAUGAGCAUCACUCAGAUGAAUAAAGGAGAACUUCCUUUUACAUACCUGGGUUGCCCCAUCUCAUCAUCAAGGUUAUCUAUUCAGGACUGUGACAAGCUGGUUGAGAAAAUUUGUUCCAAAAUAACUACGUGGAGCUCCAAGCACCUUACAUAUGCAGGUAGGGUUAGGCUAAUUAAUACUGUGCUCAUGGGGAUAGUAACCUUCUGGACUAGAAUUUUCGUAAUCCCAUCUAAGGUGAUGAAGACUAUCCAAGCAAUAUGCAGAAAUUUUCUCUGGAACUCAAAAGCAGAAUACAGUAAGGUCCCAUUAGUGAGCUGGGAAGAAACUUGUCUUCCUAAGAGGUGCGGAGGACUAGGGUUGAGGAACAUGGUUCUAUGGAACAAAGCUUCAAUCAUGAAACUGAAUUGGGAUAUCCACAAUAAGAAGGAUAUACUUUGGGUGCAAUGGAUUCACACAAGAUACAUCAAAAAUGACAACUACUGGGAGUACACCCCUAGGCCUAACUGCUGUAACUAUUGGACUCAAAUGAUGAAAGUCAGGAAUCUGUUUGCCAGCAUGCCUAGAGGGGUAAGGUAUACAACUCAACAGGGUUAUGAAUGGCUUCUAGGCGAACAUCCCAAACCAAUAUGGACAGACUGGGUUUGGAACAGGGAAACACUGCCAAAGUNUUGCCAAGGAUGUGUUAGGCCAUAUAGCUGAAUGGAUGCAGACAAAACUAGAAGGGGAUGAUAUUGUAGAGAUGGCAAUGGGCAUAAUAAAGAACAACCCCGGGA